UAGUGUCACCUAUAUGACACAAAGUGGCAGGAUGGAGGCUCAGUUUUAUUGUCCAGCUCCCACCUCUUCAUCUGGACAAGAUUGCAACCUUCCCAGAGACCAACGGCUCCCCUGCGAAAAAGGUCCCUUCUCCCGGGCAUCGUGUCUCUCCAUGGGCUGCUGCUUCAACAAGCAUCCCCCGGCCUGCUACUACCGCAUGGACGAGUGCACAGCUGACCGCCACUUUGUCUUCUUGGUGCCUGGAUCCCUCACGAACCCCCCUCUCUCCCCUGGCCUAUUGGGGGUUGCCAACAACUCCACCUGUAAACCAGUGAAAGUGACUUAUGAGUAUGCCUUGUUCAAGCUCCCCAUGGAUGGCUGCGGGGCUCGUAGAAUGGAGGUCGGGAAGACGUUGGUCUAUAUGGUGGAAGUGGUCAACAUAGUUCAGACAAUCAGCCUCAAUUACGGCACUAUCACGAGAGAUUCUCCUGUCAGGUUGCUUGUAGAGUGCAGGUAUGUACCAGGUGGGGCUUUAACAAUGAGCUACUUGGUCAAAACCCCCACCCUGGGGCCAGCCGUCCAGACCCAGGGGGUGUUUGGCGUCCAGCUCCGCCUGGCAAAAGAUGCUGAGUACACAAGCUACUACCCGCAGUAUCACCAGCCCCUGCAGAUGCUGCUAGGGAAACCCCUCUACUUGGAAGUGAGGAUGCUCAAUGCUCCAGACCCCAAUUUGAGGCUUCUGGUACACUACUGUGUGGCCUACUCGCGUUCUGGAAGUUCCGUGUGGGUGCUGCUUUACAACGGAUGCCCCAACCCCUUGGAUCCAACCUCUCAGGUUGUGCUGUCUGCUCCCCAAUCUCCCUCCCCUCAUGCUCAAACGCGUCGCUUCACCAUGAGUACCUUCCAGUUCCUUCCUGAUGGGGAGAUCAAAGACCUGGAUGAGGAGAUUUACUUCAUGUGUUCAACGGAAGUCUGCUCGCCGCGUGAUGGCCCGUGCGUCGAGGGCUGUUUUGGUCAUUGAUGGUGAGUAAAAUGGCCGCACCCCGUCGACCCUGAACAAAUCCGGGCUGAAAACGACAAGAGGGGCCAUCCGCGGCUACUCUUAUGUAGGACAGAUGGACAAUGAUUUAGUAAUGAGAGCUGUAAAUUAUUUAUCAAGACUGAUCCAUUUCCUCUUCUUACAGUUAAGGCAUGGAAGACACUUGAAGUUAACAACUUGGCAAGGUGACCCAACAGCAUUUGUUAAAAAGCCGUUUGUAUUUCUUCAUUUUGGUCACGUAUGUUGUUUCUUCCAAGCAGUAGAUGCUAGUCACUUAACCACCAAUAAAAGAUCUCCAAGGA